AUGGAGUAUAUCAAAAUACCAAAGGCUGAGAAUGUGUGCUUAGUUAACAGAGGCUCCACCAGGAAAGCUGCUGUAGGGACUCUGUACCUCACCGCUACUCACACCAUAUUCAUAGACCAAGCAUCUGAAAUCAAUCAAGAAACAUGGGUACUCCACAGUUUAGUGGAUAGUGUUGAGAGGCAGUGUGAAACUGCUACCGGCUACCCCUUGCUGAUUCACUGCAAGAAUUUCCAGGUCAUCCAGUUCAUCUUCCCACAGGAGAUGGACUGCCAUGAAAUGCUUGUAUCACUUCGACAUCUUUCCAGGCCAGACCAGUUUGAGAAACUAUAUUGCUUCUCCUUCAACGCAAACCUUGAUAAGAAAGAGAGAGAACAGACCUGGGAGUUUGUUGACCUGAGAGCUGAGUACAGACGGAUGGGACUUCCCAAUAAGCAAUGGCAUCUAACCCACAUCAACCGAGAGUACAGAGUGUGCGACACCUAUCCCGCCGACCUGUUUGUACCAAAGUCGGCCACUCUUCCUGUCAUUGUGGGGAGUUCAAAGUUCCGCAGCCGAGGUCGUUUUCCCACGUUGUCCUACUACUGCAAAGAGACCCAUGCCGCAGUCUGCCGCAGCAGCCAGCCUCUUUCUGGCUUCAGCGCUCGCUGUCUGGAGGAUGAACACAUGCUGGAGGCCGUCAUGAAGUCUAACCCAGGCAGCCGCUUCAUGUAUGUGGUUGACACGAGACCCAAAAUGAAUGCAGUGGCAUAUCGGGCUUCUGGAAAAGGCUACGAAAACGAAGACAACUACUCCAACAUCAAAUUUCAGUUCUUCGGAAUUGAAAAUAUACAUGUGAUGAGAAACAGCCAACAGAAAUUGCUCGAAGUAUGCGAGCUUCGUACACCUUCCAUGGGAGAUUUCCUCUCUGGACUGGAAUAUUCUGGCUGGCUGAAGCACAUCAAAGCAAUCCUGGAUGCCGGAAUCUUCAUAGCUAAGGCUGUGGCGGAAGAAGGAGUCAGUGUGUUGGUCCACUGCUCAGAUGGGUGGGACCGGACAACUCAGGUGUGCUCUGUGGCCAGUGUGCUUUUGGACCCUUACUAUAGGACUCUUAAGGGACUCAUGGUCCUAAUUGAGAAAGACUGGGUAGCUUUUGGACAUAAGUUUUCUCACAGAUACAACCAUCUGGAUGGAGAUCUGAAAGAGGUUUCGCCAGUCAUAGACCAGUUUUUGGAGUGUGUGUGGAAUCUCAUGGAGCAGUUUCCAUGUGCCUUUGAGUACAACGAGAACUUUCUCAUCACCAUCCACAAUCAUAUCUACUCAUGUCAGUAUGGCAACUUCAUCUGUAACAGUCAAAAAGAGAAAAGAGACAUGAGAAUUAAGGAUAGAACGCAUUCCAUAUGGACUCAUUUAUUCAAGAACAAGACGGACUUCAUGAACCCGCUGUUCAGACCAGACCACAACCAGACUCAGGGACUUCUGCGACCUCUUACUGCCCCCUACUGUUUCAAAUUCUGGGUAGGUUUGUAUAAUCGCUUUGAGAAAGGAGUGCACCCUCGCCAGUCUGUGCUGGACUGUCUGGUGGCAGUAAGAGAGAAAACCCAGCGACUGGAGGAAGAAAUGACUGACUAUGGGCAGAAAAUAGCGGGCCUGAAAAGGGAACAGCGGAAGAGCAGCUAUAUGAAAGGUACUUUGCUAAACGAUAACCAAACUGCUUGGGGUGUUCCUACACAAAUAAGCUUGGUCAACUCCACAAAGAGCUUAGAUGCUGACCUGUCCACAAACAGUGAAUCAGGAGUGGCUGAUUUCAGCUGUCACUCCACCUCCAGUGGUGGUGAGUCCUUGCUCAGCGAAGAUGGCAUCAAAGAUCCCGACUCAGAUGAAGCUUUGUCCACCACAGCCUGAA